AUGACGCUGGAGGAGUGCCGGCGGCUCGCGCCGCUCGGGACGGGCCUGCAGCGGUACAAGUACGACAGGCGAGCGAUGCUGGAGGCGUACGUGGGCAUGCGGGCGCGCGGGACGCUGACGCAGAUGGAGGUGCUGCGGCAGUCGAGCUGGAGGGGGUUGCCGCUGCUGCGGAUGGAGGGCGGGGCCGCGCACCACCCGGGGGUCGAGCGCACGGCGUACGUCGACGUCGCGCUCGUGCUCCUCGAGGAGGAGCGCGACCCGGAGCUCGCGGCCGCGCGCCGCCGCAACGCGCAGCGCGAGGCGGCAGCGGUGCCGCGCGCGGAGGCGCUCGAGCGCUGGCGCGAGGACGACGGGGCCGCGGUGAACGGCGUGCGGCAGGAGCGGCCGGCGCCGCAGGACGCGGGCGCGCCGCAGGCGCCCGCGGACGCGCAGGGCGCGGGCGGGAUGGACGCGGGCGCGCCGCGGGGGCUGCCGCCGGGCAUGGCGAUGAUGACCCCCCCGCCCGGAGCGCUGGACGCGCAGUGGGUGUACCGCGACCCGCAGGGCAUGAUCCAGGGCCCGUUCUCGCGCGCGGAGAUGCUGGAUUGGUUCCACCAGGGGUUUUUUCCUGUUGACCUUCCCGUGCGGUCGUUCGCGCUCCCGGCGGCGAUGUCGAUGGUGCCUCUGCUGGAGUGCCUGCCGUUCUGGCUCGGCGCGACGCUGCGCGACAUGGGCCUCGCGGGCGUCCCGGAGACGCACCCGGAGGUGCAGCGGUGGACGGCGGUGCUGCGGCAGCUGCCGCCGCCCGCGGCGGCCGCCGCGGUGGCCGUCGCGACGGGCCGCGCGGAGGACCCGCUGUUCGCCGUCGGGGCGCACGCGGGCGGCGGCCUGCUGAGCGGGCCCGGCGCGCUGGGGCCUGCGGACGCCGCUGUGCAGCAGCAGCAGGAGUUUGAGCGGCAGCAGAGGGAGCUGGAGGCGCAGAGGGCGGCGGAGGAGGCGCGGAGGGCUGCGGAGGAGGCGCGGAGGAUCGAGGAGGAGCAGCGGAGGGCCGCGGAGGAGCAGCGGAGGUUGGCUGAGGAGCGGGCGCGGCGCGAGGCGGAGGAGGCGCGGGAGGCGCAGAGGCGCGCCGAGGAGGAGGCGGCGCGCGUGCGCGCCGAGGCGGAAGCGGAGGCGCGGCGGCAGGCGGCGCUGCUGGAGGUGCAGCGGCAGCGCGAGGCCGCGGCGCGCACCAGGCCCGCGGCGGUCGAGCAGGAGCCCGCAGCGGAGCCCGAGGGGUGGACGGAGCUGCCGAAGAAGGCUCGGGAGCGCAGGGAUGCGCCGAAGGUGCCUGGGUCGACGUUCGCGGCGCAGCAGAUGACGCAGGAGCUGAUGGGCGACGGGGAACCCGCGCCAAGCAAGCCCGCGCCGGCGCCGGCGCCGACGCCGGCUGCUACCGCGGCGCCCCGCAAGCGCGACGUGCAGCCCAUGGUCACGGUCGUGCCCGUGCCGCGCGUCGCCGCCGUCCAGCCGAAGCCGCAGGCGCAGCCGGCAACGGCGACGCCCACCCCCCUCCCUCAGCAGUCGCCGCUGCCGCAAGCGCCGGUCAAGUCCCUCCGCGAGAUCCAAGAGGAGGAGGAGCGGCUCGCGCGGCUGCAGCUCGAGCAGCGGAGGCAGGCGAAUGCGCGCGAAGCCGAGCGGGCCGCGGAGCAGGCCCGGCGCGCAGGGCCGUGGAACGAAGGUGGGCGCGGCGGCGCGCCGUCGCUGGCGGACAUUCAGCGGGAGGAGGAGGAGGAGGCGCGGGCGCGGGCCGCGGCGGCGGCGGGGCGCGCGGGCGGGGGCGAGGACAGCGACGACGACUUGUGGGGGGUGUCGGCCCCCCCUGCUGCGCCGGCACGGCCCGUCGCAGGCGCGUGGGGCGGUCGCGCGGGGGCGGGCGCCCAGCCGCCGCCGGCGCUGCCUGCGGAGCCCGCGCCGAGCAAGGCGCCGCCCGCGGCGGCUCCGGCCCCGCGGCCGGUCGCGGUGGCCGCCCCGGCGCCGAAGCCCGCGGCCACGACGGACGACUACGUUGAGGGCAACUCCCUGGGUCUGUCUCGGCCGUUCGAGGCGUGGUGCCGGCGGGAGCUGGAGGAGCUCACGGGCAGCCGGGACCUGGCGUUGGUGGAGGUGCUGAUGACGGUGGGGAGCAACGGCGAGGUGGCGGACUACUGCACGAUGGCGCUGGGCAAGUCGGUGCGCGUGUCGACGUUCACCGCGGAGUUCAUUCGGCGGAAGCACGCCGACGUGGCGGGGAAGCCGAUUCCGCUGAACGACGGGAAGGGCAGGGCGGCGGGCGGCGGCGGGGGAGGUGGGGGGGGUAAGAAGAAGAAGAAGAGCAAGGGCGGGAAGGGUGGGGCGGGGGACGGGAUCGCGACGAACAGCGCGUUCGCUGUGCUGGGGAUGUCGUGA